GUAAAUAUCAAAUCUGGCCAGAGUUUAAGCGCACUUUUACAUUGUCGUAUCUUGUGUACCAGGGAGCCAAAGUGGGUUUGUUUCGUUCAUUUUACAGGUUUUGGGCAUAAAAUUUAAACUAUUCUUUAGCCUGUAUUUUCAUUUCACAUUGAGGGUCGACCCAUAGUAGCCAAAACCAUUUCAAGUUUUGUAUUAUAAAACUGACACGUUUCCAUUCACAUAUUACCGGUAGCAUAAAUCUCAAAGUUGAAGUUAAUAACUGGAGUAAAAAGGACUUAUUUUUAAUCUUGUUUUAUUUUAAACUAUAAUUUUUAAGUUAUUUAUAAACUAGCUAUAAAUUGUGAUUUGUGAUUAUAAAUCAAGAUGUCAAUCCAGUCUAUUUGCGUGAACACUUUGCCCGAGAAGCCAGACUGUCCCGAUCAUCUGGACUACACAAUCCAGUUUCCAGUGCCAAAAUCAGAGAUUAACACCCUUCGGCGUUUCACGGAGAAGGUGGAGCGUUUGUUUGGAGUGAAGGUGGUGUUGACUGCAGUGGUGCCUGGAAUUGAGGGCGAGGAGGCCCAGGAACUCAUCCAGGUGUCCAGCAAACACAGGAAGAGGGACGAGGCUGAGAAGGCUGAGGAGUACUGUGAGAACUUGUGCAAAGGCAAAUACCAAGAGUGCAUUGUUUGUCCCACCCGAUUCUACGACAAACUGAGACAGGGUCAAGAGGCGAUUGAGAGGGAGACGAGGGUAGUCGUGGUGCUGACUAAAGAGUCCGAGAUACUCGUCCAGGCAUCCGACAAGGACAAACUUAUGAAGGUCAAAGGUCAAAUGGAGGAUCUCGUCCAAAAGGUGAAGCAAGAGAUCAAGAACGAAAACGCUUAGAAGAGUUAAACGUCGCCUAUUUUGAACCAGAGAACAAUUGAAGAGGACAAAACAAGUACAAUUUCAGAAAAAGAAGUGUUUAAAGCAAAAAAAAAUAUGGGCAAAGAGCCGUUUACAAUUUAAAAUAUAUAUUGAUUUAUCAAAAAAUCUCAAAAAAAUCUUUUCUUGAUUUAUGUGCAGUUUUUUCCCAUACACUUGCCUGAACUUCUAGUGUUAAAUUUUUGAAUAUUUAGUCGUAACUUGCAUGAGUAUGAUGUUUAAUUGUAUAACUUAGUUUGUAUAA